GCCGUGGAUGCUUCAACAGCAACCAGAUCCAGUACAUUGAUGGAUACAAGCGCGGCAAGAUCUUGAAGCACGCGCUCGGCAGCGGAUCUGCUUCGUCUGCGAAUGGAGAGGGAGGAUUGAUGGCAGGAAGCAUGAAGAGCGGAUUCAGCAAGAUGUUCAGACUCAAGGCUUGACUCUGCGUGGUUGAGCUUCUGAGGAGUACCUGCAUCUUGGUGGAUCGUUUGAGGGAAGGAUGUGACGGAGGACGGAGGAAGGAUAUGAAAAAGAUGAAUAUCUGUAGGCAGGAUGCGAGUGAGGCCACAGGCAUGGAGCGGAGGAAACUAAGAAUGGAGAUGGAGAUGAAGAUGAAGAUGAAGAUGGAGUUGUUGCUGAUGUUGGCGCCGUUCGAGAUGGUUCAGAGAAGGGUGUUGGAUCAAUGGCGACGAUCCAAGAAGGAACAGUGUGAAAUACAGAGACAUCGAAGACGGCGACAACGGCGACAACGGCGACAUGGGAAUCAAAAGCAGGAAAAAGAACACUAUGGGCUGUGGAGGAGGAGGAGGAGAAGGCCAGGGCUGGAGAGAAGAUUCGGUCGAGAGAGGGAGCAGGGACGGUUUGUGUAUGGCAGCCGUAGUAUCGAUGUGUUUCAGCAGAAGCACACAGAUCAGAUCAAGGCAGCAGUUGCUGUGUCGAUAAUAAAUGAAAUCAAAAAAGCAAAAUCGACUGCAGGUUGCAGACAUGGACCGGAGAACGCUGCACAGGAGCAUGAGGAGGAUGGGGGAGGAAAGAAGAAAAGAAGAAGAGAAGAAAAGAGGAAGAAUGUGCAUUGCAGGAGUUCUUGGGAACGUUGACGCGUUUCUUACUCGUAAACGGUUUGCAUUCCUUUUUUGUAUGGGAUGGAAAUGAAUGACAAAUCAGACGGGGGCUCCAACGGC